AUGUCGCUCUCGCCAGAAACUCGCGAUGAAUAUGUUCCGAUCAUUGAUUCGAUUUUGGCCGAAAGUGAUCUAAACACCAUCUCGGAGAAGCGCAUCCGGAAAGGGUUGCAGGGCGUGGUCGGCUAUGACCUUACUCCGCAGAAGGCUGCGAUCAAGCAGCUGAUCAUGGAACGGUUCGACAUCUUCGCGGCGAAAGGUGGUAUAGAUGUUCCUUCCGAACCUGCGGCUGUCACCCCAGCCACCACCAACGGCCACAAGAAAGAUCCUGAUUCUAUGACCCCCGCCGACCCGUCCUCCCCCGCGCAGUCUUCCGUCUCGCAGAAACGCCAAGCCGAUAGCGAAGACCAUUCGGAUCUUUCGAGCAAGACGCCUCCAGCGAAGAAGCCGAAACCUGACCACGAUGUCGAUGCGGAUGCCCUCUACGCGGCCAAGCUCCAGGCGGAGGAGAAUAUGCGUGCUCGCCCGACGCGCGGAGCCAGUACUCGCAAGGCGCAGCCGGCGGUGAAGAAGAAGAAGACGACAAAGGCCAAAACAUCCAAGAAGGUCAAGGCCGAGGAUGACUCGGACCUGGAUUCGGGCUCAGAAGAGAACAAAAAAGUCAACCGUUCUGGGGGUUUCCAUAAACCUCUCAAUCUUUCCCCCGCGCUUUCAGCGCUUCUGGGUGGGGAAGAGACGAUGUCCCGUCCACAGACGGUGAAGAAGCUUUGGCAGUACAUUCACGAACACGACCUUCAAGAUCCCAGCGACCGACGUCAGAUUCGCUGCGAUGAUGCCAUGCGUGCCGUUUUCAAACAGGACCGUAUACAUAUGUUUACGAUGACCAAGAUUCUGAGCCAGAACUUCGGGCCCAACUUUUGCCCGCCGCUUUUACGGGAAGGGAAAUUCCUCCCCACUGCAAAUCAUCUCCCUACGGCCAACUAUCCACCUCUCUGCAAGACACCGCUUCGAAGACAGAGCGCCGAGCUCUUCGCAUUCCUCGGCUUUUUCGUCCGGGCUUCUGUCCCCUUUCCCACGUCGCUUCUGUCGCUGCAAUCUCGACCUUCCCGAACGUCGCCCGCAAUGUCUGACACGCAGCCGUCUCAGGCCCCCGGAUCGCAAACCUCGAGCCGCGGGGGUGGUCGUCGUCGAGGACGUGGAGGAGGCGCCUAUCAGAUUGGCCAAGCGCAAGCAACACAGCAAACGGGCGGUGGUGGAUCUGGAAGAGGCUCGAGGUCCCGGGGUCAUGCACCCCGCAGGGGCGGGGGUCGCGACAAGCAGAAUCGGAGUGCCAACAAGCCGGAGGAGACCACGGAGGAGAAGUCGGGUCCUGCGACGGGGGAGCAGGCAGUCGCGGGGGAGACGGGCGGCGAUGAAGGCAAGGGAAAGAAGGCCAUCGUGACGGCGACGGAUGAUGCAGAUGACGGGGAAAUUUGCUUCAUCUGCGCAUCCAAUGUCGAGCACACAUCCGUUUCACCCUGCAACCAUCGCACUUGUCAUAUUUGCGCCCUGAGACUCCGCGCGUUGUACAAGAACAAAGCUUGUGCUCAUUGCCGGACCGAGGCCAACUAUGUCAUCUUCACGGAUAAUCAUGCGAAGCGGUUUGAAGAGUUCACUGAGAACGAUUUCUCUCGCAAGGAUGAUAACCUGGGCAUCAAAUACGAGAAUGACGACAUCUUUGAGGACACGGUCCUGUUGCUGCGCUACAACUGUCCCGAGAGGAAUUGCGAUGUGGCUUGCCUAGGAUGGCCCGACUUGCAUCGUCACGUCAAGAGCAAGCAUGGCCGAGUUAUGUGUGACCUGUGCACUCGCAACAAGAAAGUUUUCACCCACGAACAUGAGCUUUUCACACAGGCAGAGCUGCGCAGACACGAGAAGUACGGAGAUGACGUCCCCGGUGCUGUCGACCAGAGCGGCUUCAAGGGUCAUCCUGAGUGUGGUUUCUGUCGCCAACGGUUUUACGGCGACGACGAACUCUACGCGCACUGCCGUGACCGUCACGAAAGAUGCCACAUCUGUGACCGACGAUCGGGCAAUCAUCGCCAACAACAAUACUACAUCGACUACAACGCUCUGGAGGAUCACUUUCAAAAGGACCACUUCCUGUGUCUCGACAAGGAAUGCCUGGAGAAGAAGUUUGUUGUUUUCGAGUCCCAGAUGGACCUGAAGGCCCACCAACUGGAAUGCCACCCCAACGGUCUUUCCAAAGACGCCAGGCGUGAUGCGCGCAUGGUAGACAUCUCCACCUUCGACUACCGAGCCCCAUACCAGCCACAGCAGCGACAACGUCGCGGUGCCGGUCGAGGCCGGGACCCCAACUCGGAGCCGCUGCCCAUGUCGAGCGCCCAACCAUUAAGACGAGAUGAGAUCGCCUACCAGCGCCAGAUGGCCAUCCAGAGUGCGCAGUCCGUGUCAACCCGGAGUUUCGGCGGCCAGCUCUCCCGCAACGACACGCAAACUGUUCGCGCCCCGGCGCGCACACCUGUCCAAACACCCCCAGCAGCAUCGUCACCCGUCGCCGAACUGGCGUCGCUCAAUCUCACCUCCAGUUCUGGGCCUGAAACUCCGCAAGACCAGGCGCGCCGUCUGCGCCAUGCAGCCGUGAUUGAGCGAGCAUCCAACCUCCUCGCUAACGACCAAAGCAAACUCAAGGAAUUCCGCACGCGUGUCUCUAACUACCGGGCGUCCACCAUCUCCGCCACCGAACUCAUCGAUGCCUUCUUCUCCCUCUUCGACACCACCACCACCGAGCUCGGUAAGCUCAUCAAGGAGCUCGCCGAUAUCUACGAAGACGAACCUAAGCGCACCGCCCUCCUCAAGGCAUGGAACGACUGGCGUGCCAUCAACGAGGAUUACCCCGCGCUGCCCGGCCCCGGCGGCGUCCUCCCGGGCAUGUCUCCCAGCACGGUCAACGGCAGCGGCGUGGGCGGCAAGCGCGUGCUGCGGUUGAAAUCGUCCACGGCGCAGUCAUCCCGUUCGGCCGUGGGCCGCAGUGGUGCUCUCCCGUCGUCCGUCUCCUCAGCCGCCAGUAACCCCUUCCCUCCUCUCUCCGCCGCCACCGCGCGUUCCACCGCACGAACCGCCCCUCUCGGUUCCGCGACGACCCCAUGGGGCGCGGCCGCCGGCGCCUCGCCGUCCCUCUCCAUGGCCAGCUCAUCGCGCUCUGGGCCAUCCCGAACCUCCUCCACACCCUCGCGCUCCGCGAACCCCAGCAGUGCCGAGGCGUUCCCAGCACUCCCAGCCGCACCGAAACCCAACGUCCUCAUGGCCGGACUCACCCGCGGCACGGUGCGGUGGGAUCGGGCACCCCAAGCCAAUGCAUGGGCCUCGUCCGGCGGCUCCGGGGCGAGUUCCGCUGGCGAGGGCGAGACUGAGUUCGGGGAGCCAUCUGGUGGGGGUAAGAAGGGCAAGGCGAAGAAGGGGAAGCAGACGCUGUUCCAUUUCGGUUGA